GGAGCCGCCGUUGGCACUGGUGCCCGAGGGGUGGGGGCACGAGUCGGUAGGGGUGAUGGUGGAGAAGGGUAGGAGGCCCCGACCGCGGGAACCCGGGGGGGCGGCCCGGCCAGGAGGCGGGGGGCCGACGGGCCCGGGGAGCGGGCGCCGCCGAGGGCCCUGGAAGCGGCUGGACUGGGGGAGCGGGGACGCGUGUGUGGGGCACAGGGACCCCCGCCCCGCGCCCACCCGCAGGCCUGGGCCCCAGGUUGCGGGCAGAGGGGCUGGGGCCCUGUUGCUCUGGGGGCGGGCUGGGCCGGGCCCGGGGCCGGGGGCGCCGAGCAGAGCCCGGGGCGCCAGGCCGAGCCGAGGUGGGACGGACCGAGCGGAGAGGAAGGGAAGCUGCAUCCCUCGGGCCGCCCCCUCCUGAAGCGAGCCGGGGCAACGGCCGCAGGCACCCCUGCCAUGAGCCCACUCUCCCUUUCGCCCCCUCCCUAACAAUGGGUUUGGGGCAGAAGGAGUCGCCCCACUGUGGGAAGGGGGGAGAGUGAUGCCAAGUCUUCGAAGCCGAAGUGGCAAACGCAUAGGAAGAACACAUCCACUCCAGAGAUACCUUCUUGAAACAAAAGAUUUUCUUACCUGCUCGUACUUGGUGACUGGGGGAUUACUAAGACUACCUUCCUGCUCAUUUCUGAGUAUUGUCUGAACUAUUCCUGACACUAUGAAUGCUAUUUGGAUGCUUCUUAAGUCUGUUCUCUGGGGAGGCGGUAAGGGGCUGUGGAGCUGGCCUCGGCACCGGGAGAGGCUGGACUUCCUGUCUCUCUGUGCUGAAUGGCUGCGAUGGCGCCCGCUCUCACUGACGCAGCAGCUGAAGCACACCAUAUCCGGUUCAAACUGGCUCCCCCAUCCUCCACUUUGUCCCCUGGCAGUGCCGAAAAUAACGGCAACGCCAACAUCCUUAUUGCUGCCAACGGAACCAAAAGAAAAGCCAUUGCUGCAGAGGACCCCAGUCUAGACUUCCGAAAUAAUCCUAACAAGGAAGACUUGGGAAAGCUGCAACCACUGGUGGCAUCUUAUCUUUGCUCCGAUGUAACAUCUGUUCCCUCAAAGGAAUCGUUGAAAUUGCAAGGUGUCUUCAGCAAGCAGACAGUACUUAAAUCUCAUCCUCUCUUAUCUCAGUCCUAUGAACUCCGAGCUGAGCUGUUGGGGAGACAGCCAGUUUUGGAGUUUUCCUUAGAAAAUCUUAGAACCAUGAAUACAAGUGGUCAGACAGCUCUGCCACAAGCACCUGUAAAUGGGUUGGCGAAGAAAUUGACUAAAAGUUCAACACAUUCUGAUCACGACAAUUCCAGUCCCCUUAAUGGGGGAAAACGAGCUCUCACGUCAUCGUCUCUUCAGGGGGGUGAAGUGGUGGCAUCUGAAUCUGGGGACUUGAAAGGGGGUAUGACCAAUUGCACUCUUCCACAUAGAAGCCUUGAUGUAGAACACACAACGAUAUUUAGCAAUAAUAGCACUGCAAACAAAUCUUCUGUAAAUUCCAUGGAACAGCCGCCCGCACUUCAAGGAAGCAGUAGGUUAUCACCUGACACAGACUCCAGUUCUAACUUGGGGGGUGUCAAAUUAGAGGGUAAAAAGUCUCCCCUGUCUUCCAUUCUUUUCAGUGCUUUAGAUUCCGACACAAGGAUAACAGCUUUACUACGGCGGCAGGCUGAUAUUGAGAGCCGUGCCCGCAGGUUACAGAAACGCUUACAGGUUGUGCAAGCCAAGCAGGUGGAGAGGCAUAUACAGCAUCAGCUGGGUGGAUUUUUAGAGAAAACCUUGAGCAAACUGCCAAACUUGGAAUCCUUGAAGCCCCGGAGCCAGUUGAUGCUAACUCGAAAGGCUGAAGCUGCAUUGAGAAAAGCUGCCAGUGAGACCGCCACUUCAGAGGGACUUAGCAACUUCCUGAAAAGUGAUUCGAUUUCAGAAGAAUUGGACAGAUUUACAGCCAGUGGUAUAGCUAACUUGAGGUGCAGUGAACGAGCAUUUGAUUCAGACGUCACUGACAGUAGUUCAGGGGGAGAGUCUGAUAUUGAAGAAGAAGAACUGACCAGAGCUGAUCCUGAGCAGCGCCACUUACCCCUGAGGCGCAGGUCAGAAUGGAGAUGGGCUGCAGACCGAGCAGCUAUUGUCAGCCGCUGGAACUGGCUUCAGGCUCAUGUUUCUGACUUGGAAUAUCGAAUUCGGCAGCAAACAGAUAUUUACAAACAGAUACGUGCUAAUAAGGGGUUGAUAGUUCUUGGAGAGGCGCCUCCCCCAGAGCACACAACAGACUUAUUUCUUCCACUUAGUUCUGAGGUGAAGACAGAUCAUGGGAAUGAUAAAUUGAUUGAGUCUGUUUCUCAACCACUGGAAAAUCAUGGUGCCUCUGGUCAUCCUUCAGAGUCAUUGUCUACUAAACCAUGUGGAGCAUUGAGACCUGUCAAUGGAGUUAUUAAUACUCUUCAGCCUGUCUUGGCAGACCACAUACCAGGUGACAACUCUGAUGCUGAGGAACAAUUGCAUAAAAAGCAAAGACUGAAUCUAGUUUCUUCAUCAACUGAUGGCACCUGUGUGGCAGCCCGAACACGUCCUGUGCUGAGCUGUAAGAAACGGAGGCUUGUUCGGCCCAACAGCAUCGUGCCUCUUUCCAAGAAGGUUCACCGGAACAGCACAGUGCGCUCUGGCUGUGAUGUGAACCCCUCCUGUGCACUGUGUGGCUCAGGCAGUGCCAGCACCACGCCUCCAGAAAUCCACUAUGAAGCCCCUCUGUUGGAACGCCUUUCCCAGUUGGAUUCUUGUGUUCACCCGGUUCUAGCAUUUCCAGAUGAUGUUCCCACAAGCCUGCACUUCCAGAGCAUGCUGAAAUCUCAAUGGCAGAACAAACCUUUUGACAAAAUCAAACCUCCAAAAAAGUUUUCACUUAAGCACAGAGCACCCAUGCCAGGCAGUCUCCCUGAUCCAACUCGUAAAGACAGGCACAAGUUGGUCAACUCCUUCCUGACAACAGCCAAGCUGUCCCAUCACCAAACCCGGCCUGACAGGACCCACAGGCAGCACUUAGACGAUGUGGGGGCCGUGCCUAUGGUGGAGCGAGUGACAGCGCCCAAAGCAGAGCGCUCGCUCAACCCGCCGCCACCCGUGCAUGACCCAAACCACAGCAAAAUGAGAUUGCGAGACCAUUCAUCCGAGAGAAGUGAAGUGUUGAAGCAUCACACGGACCUGAGCAGUUCGAGCUACUUGGCGGCCACCCACCACCCACCACACAGUCCCUUGGUGCGACAGCUCUCCGCGUCAUCAGACACCUCUGCACCCACCAGCUCUAGUCCACAGGUUACAGCCAGCACGUCUCAGCCAGUAAGGAGGAGAAGGGGAGAGAGCUCCUUCGAUAUUAACAACAUUGUCAUCCCAAUGUCAGUCGCUGCAACCACCCGUGUAGAGAAGCUACAGUACAAGGAGAUCCUUACUCCCAGCUGGCGGGAGGUUGAUCUUCGGUCUCUGAAGGGGAGUCCUGACGAGGAGAAUGAGGAGAUAGAGGACCUGUCUGACGCAGCCUUCGCCGCCCUGCAUGCCAAAUGUGAGGAGAUGGAGAGGGCUCGGUGGCUGUGGACCACGAGUGUGCCACCUCAGCGGCGGGGCAGCAGGUCUUACAGGUCAUCGGACGGCCGGACAACGCCCCAGCUGGGCAGUGCCAACCCCUCCACCCCUCAACCCGCCUCCCCUGAUGUCAGCAGUAGCCACUCUUUGUCCGAGUUCUCCCACGGGCAGUCCCCCAGGAGCCCCAUUAGCCCAGAACUGCACUCAGCCCCCCUCACUCCCGUGGCGCGGGACACUCUCCGACACCUGGCCAGUGAAGACACCCGUUGUUCCACACCAGAGCUGGGGCUCGACGAGCAGUCUGUCCAGCCAUGGGAGCGGCGAACCUUCCCCCUGGCGUAUAGUCCCCAGGCAGAGAGUGAGGACCAACUGGAUGCACAGGAACGGGCGUCCCGCUGCACUCGGCGCACCUCAGGCAGCAAGACUGGCCGGGAGACAGAGGUGGCACCCACCUCGCCUCCCAUCAUUCCCCUCAAGAGUCGGCAUCUGGCGGCAACAGUCACAGCUCAGCGUCCAACUCACAGAUGAGUGGGAUAUGAGAAUCUAAACAGACUCACUAUUGGCAUUAAAGCUUCAGAAAACUCUGCGUUUGAUAUUCAAACAUCAUAUGCCGAAAAUUUUCACAGUUUUUAGUGAAUUUAAGGAAUUUAGAUUCUACUUUGGUAAUUUCUUUCUUGUUUUGAUUUUUGUUUUGUUUAUGUUUUGGUUUCCAUGUUUAUCGUCACACACCUGAGCACUUCCUCCAGUUGGCACACAGUUCAGGAUAAGACCCUGCUGGCCUGGUCCUGGCACAUCCUCUGCACUGUUGAAUCACUGGACUUAGCCAUGUUGGAUGAUCACCCCUCUCGCGCCCCUGUGGGCAGGGUGGGACAGCCAGGUGGGCAGAGGGAAAGGAACCUCCAGCUCAGCAUUGCCCCCUGAGGUUAGGGUGGGAGAGAGCAGUGUGCUCUGGGCUCGUACCCCGUCCCUUCUGUUGCUUAGCUCAGCUCCGGCCCUCCCGGCUGGGUCCCCUUGGUCGUCUGUGCUGGAGCACCUCCACCAGAACCUCUUGGCCUGAACUCCAGCUGUUCUCACCCAGCUCUCAGCUGACAGAAUGGCUUCCCCUUGUCACCCAGGUCUUGGAGACCUGUUCUGGGUUUCCUCUGCAUUCGGUCAUCCCUGUUCUGACUUCUUAACUGAGGUAAGCUGGCUGCGGCUGUUCAGGUCCCCAUCCUGCCCCUUCGUGUCCUCUCACCUGCUCUCGCACACCAUUCACAUGCCCACGCACACAGUCCUUCCACUUGGAACGUUUUCCCCCCCUAACCUGGUCUGUGGAGGUAGGGUUAGGACUACUUAAUCUCUCUUCCCACUCCCCUGCAGACUCUAGGGGGUCUUGGAAAUGAGCAGCCAUCUCUCCUGUAUAAUUCUGUUUUCACUGAGUCAUUUGGUCAUAUUUCCCCACCCCCGUCCAGUUCCCUGUCAGUGUCUGUCAGGUCCUUCCUCUUUCGAGCUCCCUUGCCUGUGGAACACUGUCUGGUCCUAGCUGUGGUUCCUAUCACUCCCCGUCACCCCCCCGGGUUAACCUUGUGCCUGUCUCAUCUAUGAUCACAUCACCAAAAAGGGGGGCAAUAAGGACUUUUUUUUUUUUUUUUUUUUUUGCCAUUUUGUAAUCGUAUAAAAAUAGUAGACAAACUGCUUAAUGGUUGGGGUUUUUUCACAAUUUUCAACAUUAGUGAUUUUUUUUUUUGAUUCUGUUUGCAAGUUAAAGGGUUUGUCAUUGUUUCUUUAAAAACAAUAAUGCACCAUAUCCCUAUGCAUAAAGUGCUUCUUCUAUUUAUAAGGUUGAAAAUUCUGAAUAACCCUUUUAGCAUUGUAAAAAAAAAAAGAAAAAAGAAAAAGAACAAAAAAAACCUUGUAUUUUGUAAAUAUUUUCUUUUCCUGCUUUGAGCUGUGUAUUGGCAGCGAAACAUGUAGCUGUCUUUGUUCUAUAGAAAUGCUUUUCUUCAGAGAAGCUGAUCUUUGUUAAUGUCUUGAUUCUGUUCGCAAAGCACAGACUAGUGCUUAAAAAAAAAGGAAGGAAAAUUUGAAAAAAAUAAUAAAAAAAAAGUUACAGAA